GGGCGCGUGCCAGGCAUGGCUGGACAACAUGUCCAUGCACAAUGUUGCAGUCUCCGAGCUGCAUACGAAGAUCAGUUGGGCUGAUCUCAAGGCAGCAUGGCAUAAGCGGUUCCAAGUGGAGCCGCUCGAGCUUCAGGCAGCCGAGAAACUUCAACGGUUCUAUCAGAACGACCUGCCAAGCACGAACUGGAUAACCGAGUACCAACGCUUGGCAUCCACGCCCAACUUGCCGUCGACAUUUGUCGCUAUCAAGCACUUCUUCAUUAGGAGUUGUCCGGCGUUGCAGAACACCUUGACACAAGUUGCGGAGACGCUCACCACAAGUGAGCAGCUUUUUGAUAAAGCCUCGCAGAUCAUCGUGACGAACAUCAAAGCCAAGAAUUUGGGCCAUUUGUCUGCUGCAGGCCAGGGCAGAAGUCAGCAUCGGCCGAAAGUGGCCGUGGUCACAGCAACUACCGCGACCGAUCCUUCAAACGAGGCUGCCUCUUCCGAAGUGGCCGUGGUCGCAGCAACUACCGCGAUCGAUCCUUCAAAUGAGGCUGCCUCUUCUAAUGAAGGAGACAGAUUGGCAGUUGCCUGGGAUGGUGGCCGCCCCGCGGACCAGCGAGUCAAGAGCCUUGGACACAUUACGGUAUCUCAGAAGGUGUGUACUGCAUCCGUACUAACCGAUCCUAUCCGAGGUCCCGUGCAUCCCCCUUGCGGCCCCCCUAAGACUUCCGGAGGACGGGCGUGGGUAAAGGAGGAGGAAGGAGGGUUGAUGGUGGCCGACUAUGGUGGACGGGUGUGGGUGAUGGAGGAAGAGGAAGGGUUGAAGGUGGUCGGCUAUGGUGGACGGGUGUGGGUGAUGGAGGAAAAGGAAGGGUUGAGGGUCGGCUAUGGUGGACGGGCGUGGGUGAAGGAGGAGGAAGAAGGGUUGGAGGUGGUUGGCUAUGGUGGACGGGUGUGGGUAAAGGAGGAGGAAGAAGGGUUGGAGGUGGUCGGCUAUGGUGGACGGGAGUGGGUGAUGGAGGAAGAAGAAGGGUUGGAGGUGGUUGGCUAUGGCGGACGGGCGUGGGUGAUGGAGGAGGAAGAAGGGUUGAAGGUGGUCAGCUUUGGUGGACGGGUGUGGGUGACGGAGGAGGAAGGAGGGUUGAAGGUGGUUGGCUAUGGUGGACGGGUGUGGGUGAUGGAGGAAGGAGGGUUGGAGUGGUCCGGCUAUGGUGGACGGGUGUGGGUGAUGGAGGGAGAAGAAGGGUUGGAAGUGGUUGGCUAUGGUGGACGGGUGUGGGUGAUGGAGGAAGAAGAAAGGUUGGAGGUGGUCGGCUAUGGUGGACGGGAAGAAGAAGGGUUGGAGGUGGUUGGCUGUGGUGGACGGGUGUGGGGGAUGGAGGAAGAAGAAGGGUUGGAGGUGGUCGGCUAUGGUGGACGGGUGUGGGUGAUGAAGGAAGAAGAAGGGGGAAGUGGUUGGCUAUGGUGGACGGGUGUGGGGGAUGGAGGAAGAACAAGGGUUGGGGGUGGUUGGCUAUGGURGAUGGGUGUUGGUGACGGAGGAGGGAGGAGGGUUGGGGGUGGUUGGCCAUGGUGGACGGGUGUGAGUGAUGGAGGAGGGAGAAGGGUUGGGGUGGUCCGGCUAUGGGGGAUGGACGUGAAAGAAGGCCCGUUGGACGUAUCCUAACUCCUAGCCCCGUGCCUCCGUUUUCUAUUUCGGGUGCCUGACUGCCCCAUAU